GAGUGAAUCAUCGGCAAGCGUAUGAUAACACAUGACAUUCCAUUCAGAAAUCAACAGUUUUAACUUUUAACUUGUAUUCCAUUGCUUACACUACUGAGUAUUGACCAUUAGUCCUUUUUUUGGUGGUGGCAAAAUUGAAGAAAAAAACAAUGAUAUUGAACACGCUUCAAGUUAGAUUGUGGCCCUAAGAAUAUGGAGGGUGUUCGUAAACGUACUAUUACCCAAGGUCUUGAACCUGAUAAUAAUAUGUCAUGCUAUGAAGACAUUAAACACGACGGGUUGAUGAAAGACAAUUCUACCAUACCAGCUAGUGAGACUGAGACUGAAAAUAAAAAUGAGUAUUUGAUGUUUACCGAUAGGAAAGCUGAACUUAUAAAAAAAGCGUACGAGCUCUCCACACUAAAAGGUACUGAAGUUAUGUUGUUAGUGGUUUCUGAAACAGGUGCAGUAUCCACUUUUGCCACUCACAAAUUACAACCUGUAAUUACAUCAGAAGCGGGUAAAACACUGAUUGGAGCGUGUUUGAAUUCCUCGAAUCCAUGUCCGUCUUCAUCUGAUACUAAUCAUAGUGAAAAUUGCGUAGAGAUCGACCACUGUUCCCAGAAUUUUAUGAACUGCGUAGCACCGCCAACUACAUGCAAACAACAAAUAGCAGACACUACAAACUUUAUUGUUUGGAAAUACAUUUAUGUUAUAAUAAUUAUUUGUUUAUUGGCUCUAUGCAUGUUUGCCUGUAGAAUUUUUUACUCAGUUGACAAAUAACGUAAAUGAAUUGUUUAAACAUAUUAAUUAAAAUUAUUUAGCUGAUAAAAAAAACCCACAAUAAUUGUAUUUUUUUAAUUAGGCCAUCAAUAAAAAUUGUAUUUCUGAUGUUAGUCUAACAAUAAUUUAAAUAGUUUUUCUAUUAUUAACAAAACUAUAUGCAACUCGUAAUUUUGUUGCCAGCUAAAUAAUUAAUCAUCAUGUUGAUUAACUUUAUUUAUUUUAUGUUUUUUUUUUAUAUUAUAAUAAUUAUUUAUUAUCGAGGUAGGACUGGAAAGUUUCUAGCCCAGUGUACAAAUUUAAAGUUAAAAGGCCGCUCACAAAAUUUAACAAAUUACUAUUUAGUUCACCACAUAAGACGGACAUUUUUAAAUCUUUAAUAUAUUGUGAUUAUUUUUAUUAAAUGACAUUCUUUACUUAUAUAAUUUCUUUUUACAUUAUUCAUUUCUCCUAGAUAUUUUAAAUUUGUACAAUUUUUAUUAUUGUUUUAAUUAUUUGUUAAAACUUUUACGAAACGUUUUUGCUUUAUUUUUUUCUAUUAUUU